CCGCUCCCUGGCAACCCGCCCCCCCAGCCGCGGCCUGCUCCGCAGUCGCCAUGGGAACCAGCUUCUCCGGGGCUGGGAACAGAUGCGCCUUCUUUGUCCCUUGCACUCCCACCAGCACUCAGCACCGGGGAGACCUCCACCUCCCGGAGUCGUGACCCGGGAGCACGCGCCCAGCCCCUGCACCCUCCCUGGCGCGCAGGCAGCGGGAGGUCUCCCUCUACCCAACCGUGGCCGGGUGGGCCCUGCCAGGGUGUAGCUGAACUUCUUGGGGUGGGGGUAGCCCCCCACCCCCGUGAUGGGGCGGACAGGGCGUCUGGAGUCCUUCUCGAGCCGGCUGCACCGCCUUGGCGUCCCCAUUCCUCCGAGUGCUUGCCCUGCCCAGCGCUGAGCUCCAGGGCCUGGCGCUACCUUGCAGGACAGGCCGCACCGGCUGUGUGCAGUUGUGAUGGGCACAGGCGCACCCUCAGAGGGCCAGGCCUCCUCCCCCGCCAUGGGGAUGGGAGAUGGAGGUCCAGAGAGAGCCCCCGGGGCCCGCUGGGCAGAGCCAAGCCGGGUGGAGGCUGCCUCCGGCUCUGCUACCUCUCCAUGAGUCACUGCCCCCUGUGUGGGCUCCUGCUCCUGCAGGGAAGACCCGGCUUGUCUGCAGUGGCUCCUGCAGCAGAAGUAGGUCUAGCUGGAGCUGACCAGGCCUCCUCCCCACAGGGCCCUCCUCCCCAGUUCAGAAUGCAGCCCACAGCCACCAUGGCCACAGCCGCCACCACCACCACCACCACCACCACCGCCACAGUAGCCCUGACGACGUCGUGGGACAAUGCCACUGGACGCCCCACGGCAGAGCCAGACCCCAUCCUGGACAACUACGUGCUGCUGGUGGUGGUGAUGUCGCUGUUCGUGGGGGGCACGCUGGUGGUGUUGUCCGGCGUCCUGCUCCUCUGCAAGCGCUGCUGGGACGUCCACCAGCGCCUCAACAGGGCCAUGGAGGAAGCGGAGAAGACCACCACCACCUACCUGGACAACGGCACCCACCCGGCCCAAGACCCCGACUUCCGGGGAGAGGACCCUGAGUGCCAGGAUGCGGAGACCGAACGCUUCCUGUCCACCAGCUCCACAGGCCGCCGGGUCUCCUUCAAUGAGGCGGCGCUGUUCGAGCAGAGCCGCAAGACGCAGGACAAGGGCCGCCGGUACACACUGACGGAGGGGGACUUCCACCACCUGAAGAAUGCCCGGCUCACGCACCUACACCUGCCGCCCCUCAAGAUCGUCACCAUCCACGAGUGUGACUCAGGCGAGGCCAGCUCAGCCGCCACGCCCCACCCGGCCACCUCUCCCAAAGCCACUCUGGCCAUCUUCCAGCCCCCGGGGAAGGCCCUCACCGGCCGCUCUGUGGGCCCCAGCUCCGCCCUGCCAGGUGACCCCUACAACUCAGCCGCGGGCGCCACUGACUUCGCGGAGAUCAGCCCCUCGGCAUCUAGCGACUCUGGGGAAGGCACCUCGUUGGAUGCCGGUACCAGGAGCACCAAGGCUGGAGGGCCCGGGGCUGCAGCAGGGCCUGGGGAGGCGGGCCCGGGAUCCGGGGCAGGUACCGUUCUGCAGUUCCUCACCCGCCUGCGCCGCCAUGCCAGCCUGGAUGGGGCCAGCCCCUAUUUCAAGGUCAAGAAGUGGAAGCUGGAGCCCAGCCAGCGGGCAGCCAGUCUGGACACGAGAGGUUCCCCCAAGCGGCACCACUUCCAGCGGCAGCGGGCAGCCAGUGAGAGCACGGAGCAGGAGGAGGGGGGCGUCCCCCAGGAGGACUUCAUCCAGUACAUUGCCCGGGCCGGCGACGCCGUGGCCUUCCCGCGCCCCCGCCCCUUUCUGGCCAGCCCGCCCCCUGCUCUCGGCAGGUAUUUUUCAGUAGAUGGAGGUGCUAGGGGUGGACCUGUGGGCCCUUGCCCCCCUUCGCACCCCCCUAGGCGGCCCAGGGAGCGCUCUCCAGGCCCCGUGGACACGCGCUCGCCCGCCUCCAGCGGCAAGGCCCCUCCCAGAGGCGGACUCACUGGGGCCACCUCUCCAGCAUGGACCAGAGGAGGGAAGCAGGGAGAGACUGGGCUAGAGGCGGCCGAGGCAGCGGGAGGAGCGAGCCCCGAUUCCCCCCCGGAGCGCGGCGCGGGCGGCGCGGGGCCUGAGCAGCAGCAGCCGCCGCCACUGGAGCCGGACGCCGAGCGGGACGCGGGCCCCGAACAGGCCCAGACCAGCUACCGCGACCUGUGGAGCCUGCGCGCCUCGCUUGAGCUGCAUGCGGCCGCCUCGGACCACAGCAGCAGCGGCAACGACCGCGACUCGGUGCGCAGCGGCGACAGCUCGGGCUCAGGCUCCGGGGGCGCGGCGCCCGCCUUCCCGCCGCCCUCCCCGCCCGCGCCGCGGCCCAAGGAUGGCGAGGCGCGCCGGCUGCUGCAGAUGGACAGCGGCUACGCCAGCAUCGAGGGCCGCGGCGCAGGCGACGACACCGAGCCACCUGCCGCACCCGCCCGGCCCCGCAGCCCGCGCGCCUGGCCCCGCCGCCCGCGCCGCGACUACAGCAUCGACGAGAAGACGGACGCGCUGUUCCACGAGUUCCUGCGCCACGACCCGCACUUCGACGACACGCCGGCUGCCGCGCGACACCGCGCCCGCGCGCACCCGCACGCCCGCAAACAGUGGCAGCGUGGCCGGCAGCACAGCGACCCCGGCGCCCGCGCGGCCCCGGCCCUGGCCGGAACCCCGGCACCGCCUGCCGGCGCGGCCCGACCCGCGCGUGCGCCCUUGCGGCGCGGCGACAGCGUGGACGGCCCGCCCGACGGCCGCACCCUGGGCAGCGCCGGCGACGACCCCGCCAUCCCCGUCAUCGAGGAGGAGCCGGGCGGCGGGGGGUGCCCCGGCUCGGGCCUGUGCGUCCUACCCCCCGGGUCGGUGCUGGACAAGCUGGCGGCUGGCCUCGACGAGAGACUCUUUCCGCCGCGCCUCGCCGAGCCCGUCGUGGCGACUCCCGCGUUGGUCGCCGCCGCCCCCACGUCCCCCGACCACAGCCCGGCCUAAGUCCCGCGUCCUGGGCCCAUCUCUGGCAGCUUCUCUGGCGCCGCGCGGGGCCUCGGCGGCGGGAGAGACGUGGGGGCGCGACGCCCCGACGCAAAUGCGCAGGGACCGCGGGCCCUUCGCGCACGCGCGGGGCGACGGAGGCGCGCUCGCCGCUUCAGGGCGCACGCGCAGAGCCCCGGCCGCCCUCGCGCCCCCGAAGUGCGCACUGCUCUUUCCGGUGCUUGCCGGGUGCUGGGCGUCGUGAGGCGCGGGCCGCGGAGACCCCGGCUGGGCGGGAAGGAAGGGGCGUGAACGGCUCUCAGCUUCGGGCUCCUGAGGACAACGAUCACUCGCCCUCAGUCCCGGACCGGGCGGCCGCUUAGUCGCAGGGCCCGCCACCCGAGGGACGCGCAGCCCACCGGGCCCGAUGGAGCCGCCGCGUGCCGGGCGCGUGCGCGAGCUCGCCCGGGCUGGGGCCGCGGGGCGCUGAUGGUCGGAGACGAGUUCGCCGCCCUGGGCCGGGAGGCGGCUCAACGCCGUGACUGCCGAUCUCCGAGACCGUUUACCUCACUGCGGCGUGCGCAGGCGGCAGCCCGCGCCGCCUCCGAGCAAUAACCGCGCCGCCACCGCUGCUGCCGCCGGCCCCGAGGGACCCAGCCCCGGCCCUCCCGCGCCCCGAGUCCCCACUGCCCUCCGCAUGUCAACGACGCCCGCCCCGCUGCCGCCCCAUCCACGUUGAGACGCGAACAAAACCCAGACGGCCAGGUCCAAGCUUCCCAAGCUUUAUUUAUUGCCAAAUUUGGGCGGCCUCGCCCGCACGGCACCCUCCGAGUCCCCGCCGCGUCUGCACCAUCCCGCGAUGGCGUUUCUCGUGUUUUUCUUUUCUGGAUGAUAUAAAUAUUGACUGCACA